AGCCGCCACACUAAUACACCACCCCACAUGACGCAUUUCAUAUAUCAAAGCUGGAGUUAUUACGGCUAGAAUGAAUGAAAGUCGAUAGAGUAAUUCUUGUAGGCUAAAUAUAACCUUUUAUAAUUCGCACAUUAACAGCGUUACCGGACAGAAUUGGUGGUUGAAUUUAUUUUUUUCUGAUUUAAACCUCAAACAAAGACACGAUAUUUUGCCGUGAAUACCUCCUCUUUGUAGUAGCAGUUGAAAAGCAGUGAACUAACACGCCGUGACGUUGUCCAACAAUGUUUUGGUCCCUGACGAUGACGUAACACACAAAAACAUGGUUCCCUUGUUUUGAACCUGAAAAGCGUGCUAAGUGUUUCUGUAAGUUCACUACGCACGGAGAUGCUCACCCGAACGUAAAUGACCGGAAAACAUUGAUAAGAGAAGAUGGCACAGGUCGUGGAAACGUGUGCUGAAUCCGGACGCAGGCUGCGCUCCAUCUGCCGGAGGAUGUACGACGAAAACGAGGAUCUGUCCGAUGUGGAAGAAAUUGCAAACAUCCGAGGUUUCAGUGUGGAGGAGAAACUUGUCAGUGACAGUUACAGCGCAACAUUUGUCCACUCCAUGGAGGGUAAAGAUUUCUCUUAUGAGUAUGUGCAAAGGGAGGCUCUCAGGACCCCACUUAUUUUUAAAGAGAAAACUGGACUAGGGAUCAGGAUGCCUGAUCCAGAGUUUACAGUUAGUGAGAUUAAGGGCUUAGUUGGCAGUCGGCGGUCAGUGGACGUUAUGGACGUUAGCACCCAGAAAGGCUCUGAAAUGAGUAUGGCCCAGUUUGUCCGUUAUUAUGAGACUCCAGAGGAAGAGCGAGACAAACUCUUCAAUGUCAUCAGCUUAGAGUUCAGCCACACUAAACUGGAGAACCUGAUUAAAAGGCCUACAGUGGUGGAUCAAGUGGACUGGGUGGACAACAUGUGGCCUCCUGAUCUUAAACACAGCCAAACAGAAGCAACCAAUGUCAUCUCAGAGAUGAAGUACCCUAAGGUGCAAAGAUAUUGUUUGAUGAGUGUGAAAGGCUGCUACACCGACUUCCACAUUGAUUUUGGGGGAACGUCUGUUUGGUAUCAUGUAUUUAAGGGACAAAAAGUGUUUUGGCUUAUUCCUCCAACCCCUCAUAACCUCGCUCUUUACGAGGACUGGGUCCUGUCAGGCAAGCAGAGUGAUAUCUUCCUGGGAGAUCGAGCGGAUGGAUGCCAGAGAGUUGAGCUUAAGCAGGGAUACACCUUCUUCAUCCCAUCUGGCUGGAUUCAUGCAGUGUAUACUCCUGAGGACACAUUGGUGUUUGGGGGCAACAUCCUGCACAGCUUUAACAUUCCUAUGCAGCUCACCAUUCAUGAGAUUGAGAACAGGACCAAGGUUCAUUCCAAGUUCCGUUUCCCCUUCUACUAUGAGAUGUGCUGGUAUGUCCUGGAGAGAUACCUGAACUGCCUGACCAAUCGCUCCUACCUCUCUCAGGAGGUCCGUAAAGAGCCUGUAGUAAUGGACAAUGAGACAAAGGCAAACACGGAGAGCCCAUCCUCUGACUCGAGGAGCCAGGACGCGAAUGAGGACUCGUGUGAGACUCAGGUCAGAGACGACCGUGGUGAGAAAUUAGAGCGUGCUGCCACCGAUGGCCCCUGCUCUCCUGACAACCAGAGAGGUCAACACCUGAAAGCUGUUUUAUCUGUGGACUCAGAAGACAGCUGUAACCCCGUCUCCACCUCAGUAGACUUCCCCCAGACCCCGUCGUACUCUCCGGCAGAGUCUUUGAAUAAAUGGAUGCAUUUGACUGAGUUUGAACUGAGUGGACUCAGGACCCUGGUCGAUAAGCUGGAGUCGCUCCCUGAAAACAAGAAAUGUGUUCCAGAGGGAAUAGAGAACCCACAAGGCCUGCUGGAAGACAUGAAAGUUGUAUUAAAAGAACAUGCUGCUGAUGAUCCCAAAUUAGCGAUAACUGGAGUUCCUGUGGUGUCGUGGCCAAAGAAAACAGUAAAGCCUCGGCCUCCCAACCGGCCGAAACCUAAGAUGGCAGCUUCUCCUGCAUCAGCCGUCAAGCUGUCGGCUAGUCGGGGAACAUCUGGAGCCAGGAGGAGGAGGACGCGCUGUCGGAAGUGUGAAGCGUGCUUGCGGACCGAAUGUGGAGAGUGCCAUUUCUGCAAAGACAUGAAGAAGUUUGGGGGGCCGGGUCGCAUGAAACAGUCCUGCAUCAUGAGGCAGUGCAUUGCACCUGUCCUGCCUCACACAGCCGUGUGUCUGGUCUGUGGAGAGGCAGGGAAGGAGGACACAGUAGAGGAAGAGGAGGAGAAAUUUAACUUAAUGCUCAUGGAGUGCUCCAUCUGCAAUGAGAUAGUUCACCCCCACUGUCUCAAGGUGAAAGAUUCCAAUGGAGUCGUCAAUGACGAGUUGCCAAACUGCUGGGAAUGUCCAAAGUGUAACCACGCCGGGAAAACAGGGAAAGCCUCAAAGCAAAAAAGGGGGCCAGGGUUUAAGUACGCGUCCAACCUUCCUGGCUCCCUCCUGAAGGAACCGCGGCUAAACCGAGAUUCAAAAGAGGAGCCUGACCCGCCGAUGAUGCCUACAGCGACUGUUACAGCUCUGACUCCCCCGUCUGCUGUGAAGAGAAAGGCUGAGCGGGAAGAGUGUCCAAAGAGGAAAGAGGACGAGCCUCCGAAGAAACGUCCUCCCCUGCUGUCUUUAGAUGGUACGCCCAGACCGCGACUUGAGGACAACCCGCUGAGGAAGAAGAGGAAACUUUUUGAUACCAAUGAUGAGCCAGUCAUUGUGAAAAAGAAGAAGAAGCUUUCAAAACCAGAGGAUCCUUUGAGUCCAAAGCUGAUGAGGCAAAUCAAGACAGAGAAUGACCACAGUGAUGAAGAAGACUACCAGGAGGAUGAAGACGGAUUUUCCUUUGACAGGAUUCGUUUUAAGCAGAAAAAGGAGUACGAUGACGAGGACCACGAAGAAGACAAGGACAGAGAGGAAGAGGAGACGGUGAAAAGAGAAAGGGACAGUAGUACAGACGACAAAGGGAAGGUGAUGCUAAGUCCACUGCUGAGAACAUCAGCUGGCAGAGAAGGAGACCUAUCCACCUCUAACUCUCCCAGAGCCGGACCAAGCAGCGAAUCAGGAGACACUCAGGAGAGGAGCUUGGCUCAGCUGAAAGCUCGCCAUCAGCGCCGACGCCUUCCCAACAAAGAACUGAGCAAAGAGUUCAAACAGGAGAUCCCCAAGAAGGAGGACUGUGUCUCCAACCAGAAAAGCAUCUCAGUGAAGACGGAGGACAGUCCGGCCAAUCACAGCCGCCGACCGCUGAAGAGUGAGGAUUCUGUGACCAAUCAGAACCGUAAACCACUAAAAACAGAGGACUCAAGUACCAACCAGAGCCGCAGGGCGAUUAAAACAGAGGAAGGACUGGCCAGUCAGAACAGGCGGCCACUGAAAACAGAGGACAGUUUGUCCAAUCAGAACCACAGACCUGUCAAAGCUGAGCCAGAGAAUGACAUGGACGACCAAAAGCCUCGCUGGCCUCUCAACAACGGCAGCGGCGACCUUGGCGACUGGCUGCGACACAGAGGGCGAGAUGUGAACGAAUCAACACGCGGUUACUCACCACUCAGCUGGAACAGGAACUCACCCAUCACACCCAUUUGUCCCCGCCCACUCCCCUGUAGAUCCCCGCCAAAAUGCAUCCAAAUGGAGCGACACGUCAUCCGCCCGCCUCCCAUCAGCCCCCCACCCGACAGGCUCCCGCUGAAUGACGGUGAGGCUCACCUGAUGCGGAGAGAGAUGUGGAUGAAGGUGUUCAGUCACCUGACGCACAGAGAUCUGUGUGUGUGCAUGCGUGUGUGCAGGACGUGGAACAGAUGGUGCUGCGACAAGAGGCUCUGGAAGCAGAUCAAUCUGAACCGCUGUAAGUCCAUCACGCCACUCAUGCUUAGUGGAAUCAUCCGGAGACAGCCUGUAGCUCUCGACCUCAGCUGGACUAACAUCUCCAAGAAACAGCUCAGCUGGCUCAUCAACAGACUGCCAGGUUUGCGGGUGCUUCUGUUGUCAGGGUGCUCCUGGGUGGCCGUCUCUGCUCUCUGCACAUCCAGCUGUCCUCUGCUGAGAACUCUGGAUGUUCAGUGGGUAGAAGGGCUGAAGGAUGCUCAGAUGAGGGACCUGCUGUCGCCCCCCACAGACAACAGACCAGGUCAGCUGGACAACAGGAGUAAGCUGCGUAACGUGGAGGACCUGCGCCUGGCAGGUUUAGACAUUACUGACACGUCUCUGCGUCUCAUCAUUCGUUACAUGCCGCUGCUGUCCAAACUGGACCUGAGCUAUUGCAACCACGUCACCGACCAAUCUGUUAACAUCCUGACUGCUGCAGGGACGACCACCAGGGACUCGCUCACUGACAUCAACCUGUCAGUGUGUAACAGGGUCACAGACCAGUCUCUGACCUAUUUCAAGCGCUGCGGGAGCAUUUGUCACAUCGACCUGCGAUACUGCAAGCAGGUGACUAAGGAGGGCUGCGACCAGUUUAUUGCCGAGAUGUCGGUCAGCGUGCAGUUUGAACUGAUCGAAGACAAACUGCUGCAGAAGAUCAGUUAGGGAAGGCAAACAUUCAAAGGUGGUGAAACUACUGUCCACAUGGAGGCAGCAGACGACUGCGCUGCACGCUGAGAUCAUAGACGACUGAACAGACUGUAAAGGGAAGCCGUGCUGCUCGGCCAGAAUGUAAAAACAAAAAUCUUGUCCUGUGAAGACAAAAAUGCAAAAAUGUUUUUGUUGUUGUUUGCACUUGUUUCUAAGUUAUUUAUUUCUUUGUAUUGAUUGUACUGUAUCAUGUUUAUUCUUUGGUGUUAAUAGAUUAUUUUUUGUUCCAAUGCAAAGUUUUAUUGCAUUAUAGAGUAAUAUUUUUGUAUCAGAAAGUGUUUCAUACAUUUAUGUGCAGUAUUGAUGCACCAUUUACCAUGGGAACUGAUAAUCAAUCGGCAUUACUGUUAAGCUCUUUGUUGUUGAGAGGCAAAGGUCUGUUGAUUUGUUGCCAAACUGUAGGAUUGUGUUUGUGAGUGUUUUUAUAAUUUUUAUUAGUUUUAUUUCAAAAGACUGACUCCAUGUCCCUGUGGGUGUAGAAGAAAACGAAAUUGCACUGAUUCAGUCAAAAUGAAUACAUGAAUGUAUUCACACACUAUAAAGUGUACAGCGUUUAAAGCAUAUUUUUUCAAAACUAAGAUGUCCAGCUCAGUCUACUAACAGCUUCUAGUUUACAGGUUGUAUUAAAACAGACCUGCCAGUCGCCAUCAGUCUUUAUCAUUAUAGGUGCUUAAAGCGUUUUAGCUGUGCAUGUAGCAAACAAACAUGUUUACACCACAAACAAUAGGUUUAGUAACUCUUAAUAUAACCACUAUGUUUACUCUUGUCCUAAGAUAAACUCCUCAAAGCAAAAAAAAAAUGUUAGUCUUUAAUCAGGCAAGAAUUAAAAGUCAUAGGACUGUAUGGAAGCCCAAAGUGAACAUGUACCUGCAAAUUUUAUUGACUCUGUUUUCCAGUUAUGAGUUACUCUCUUGAGAUCUUAACCUAUUUUCUUAUUUAUCUUGGGAUUAAAAAGGCUUUUUUUUAAUAUAAAGAUAAUUUUAUAUUAUUAUCCAGUGAUAAUUAACCUCCUGAGACCAGCGCUUUUGUUUGGAAUGCACUUUUAGUUUCUCCCACUUAUUUUGGAUAAUUUGGACCUGAUAAGUGUAAAAGCUUUGCCUUGUCUCUGACAAGAAUUAAUUUUGACCAAACAUGAAGUCCAAUAUCAACAAAAAAUCCCUAAAAUUCUAAGAAACUACCUAAGAAUUGCUGUAAAAAUUCAAAAACAUAUUUUAAAGUUUCCCAUAAAAAACACCCAAACCCCAAAUUUCUUCAAAUGUUUCAAUGAAACGUAACCAUGAAGCCUAAAUUUAUUAAAAAUGUCUCCAAAAUGUACAAAUAUGUUCCCAUGAUUCCAUAAAAAAGGAUGGAAAAUUCCCCCAAAGAUACCAACAAAAUCCCUAAAAAAAUGUAAAAAAUUCAAAGGAUACCCUGCUUCCUAAUUCCCAAUAAAAUUCCCUAAACUAAAAAUAUAAAUUUCACGAGUUGUCAUGAGCAUACCAAAAAAUUUCAGGGCAAAUUUUCCCCAAAAAUUUCACAUAAAAUUCCCCCACAUCUACAAAUACAUUUCCCAAAACAGCAUAAGAAAUACUGAAAUUCUUAAAAAAAAAAAUCCCUCAAAAAGCCUAUAUUUGGUUAAAAUUUUUCCAAAGAUAAAAAUAAUCAUUUUUUUCCCCUGCAAAUACUCAAAAGUUUCACUUCAAAAACACUAAUUAAAGCUCUCAAAAAUAUAUAGAAAUAUCCCAAAUUUUCCCAUCAAAAUUCUUGAAAAUUUCAAAGAUAUAUUCCUAAAAAUAUCUAUGAAAUUCCUGAAAAUGUCAUGUCAAAUUCUCCCAGUAUUUCAAGUGAAUUUCUUGAACUUCAGUUGACAGUCCAGACAAUUUUUAAAAAAUUCUAACAGUAGAAAUUGUCAUUAUGUUGUCGGAAUGCCACAGUAUUAUGUCCUCAUAUGUGCUUGCAGAGUCUUAGGAGCUUAAGCCUGUGGUUUGUACUCUCCCUGUGAUCUAGAUCAGUGGUUUCCUUUCUUUUUACCUUAUAAACGACAAACUACAUACUACAUAAAUAAAAAUGUUAUACAUUGCUCUCAACUAUCAACAUCAAUUUGAUAGUUAAUAGUUAAUAAUACUCAAAGAAAAUAGUUCUUGCUGUUUUUCUCACUAAAAGACCUUUGUAUAAACUAUUUAAUAAGUGACAACCUCAAAGCAGACAAAGCCUUAUGCAUCUAGGACCCUAAGUUGGGACUAUUUGAUCUAGAAACAGACCAGCAGGCAGGUCAUAAUUAAACCAGACCAUGCUAACAUUGCCCAUGAUGUUGACUCUGUGAAUGAAGCCUUUUUUUAAUGCUGUUGUAAUUCUAGGAAUAUGAUGUAAAUAAGUUAAGAUCUCAAGAAAACAACCGGAAAUUACUUGAAAUUGUAUAAAAUGUGUAACUGCAUACCCACUUAGGGUUUUAAUAACAAUCAGAUUAUUUUGCGGAAAUGUUGAUGACAAAGGAGUGUUUCAUCACCUCUGUUUUAUCCUCAAACCCUCUGUAAAUCAUAUUCAUGCUCCCAGAACAUCGUUAUUUGUUUGAAGGCAUCCGGCUGCAGACCUCUAUGGUGGGAUGACCUCAACCAUGGGGUAGGAUGUGAAGUAUUAAUCCUUGUUGGGUUUUUCCUUAGUUUGAGAUCGUGUCAUCUUUAAUGUUAUCUCCCUUACCCUAAACUUUAGGGUUUGGGUGCCAAACCCUGACCCUCUUUGGGUUUCCCCUAGUUUGUGGUGGGUUAAGAUUAAAAUGCAUUACCCUCAGUAAUAAUUUUUGGAAAACUACGUCAUAUAGUACGUCAUUCUGCAUCUGGCUAGGGUAAUGUAAGUCACACCCCACCAUAGAGGUCUGCAGCCAGACCGCUUGUAUUUGUUCUGAUAAUUGUUUAGAGAUGCACUGAUGGGGAAAAUCAGGACCAAAAGUGAUACUGAUCUUAAGGUAACAUUUCAGCCGAUUGUGGAAACCGAUGCCAAAGUUUUUCCAUUACCCUGAUACUGACAUUGUCCUUCAUGUUUGACCACAAAACAGAUCAGUUUGUCCAACAGGUCACCUCUUCAUCCUGAUAAAAAUUGUUCUCUAAAUCAGCAGUUAUGUGUACUAGAUACUGGUAUUAAAUUCAUACAGAAAAAAAAUAUCUUCUACUGACGUCCAUUCAUGCCACAUUUUUGUCAAUUUGUCGGCUGUAAACAGACCCUGUAUCACUCAUACCAGUGUUGACCUGAUGCAUCAGUAUGUCACUCCUUUGUGUUUGUUCUUGAGCAUAUUCAGCCUGUAUGUCAAUCAUAUAUUGUGCAUUCAGAAAGUAUUCAGACCUUCACCUUUUCAAAUGUUAUUUUACUACCUGAUACUACAGUUGAUUAAAUUCAUUUUUAUUCUGUUUAAUCUGCACUCAGUAUCCCGUGAUAACAAAGUGAAAACAGAACUUUACAUUUUUUUUGCAAAUUAGUUAAAAAAUAAAAUAAUGAAAAUAUCACGUUAAAGUAAAGGUCACAUAUUAUGCAUACAAAUUUUCAGGUUUCUCUAACAAAAAAAUAUGCCCAAUGGGAAAAUCUGUUCCCUCCUCUCCUCUCUUUCUCCACCUCUCAGAAAAUGUGUGCUUAAACAAGCUGUUCUCAGACUUUCCCCUCAUGAUGUCAUGUGGGGAGUUACCCUCGCCCCUAGGUUGGGUUGCCCCUCCCUGAUUGUAGGAAAAUUCUGCCCUCCUCUCCUGAUCUUCCUCAGCUGCCACCUGAGAGGAGGAUCAGGUGAGCCACAUCCAUUUCAUGAGAGGGGUGUGGUCAGGGGCGGAGUCAGACAGCUCAUUAACAUUUAAA